AUGACGACCUCCUCAAACCGAGACCACUUUUUCCAGACCUCUGCCUCCUUGGAUGAGCAGGAGCGUAAAGAUGCCAAGUCUCAGAAUGACCAUGGCAACCCCAUCAAAGUACAGAGCAAGAUCCUAGCAGUUUUGCCAGACCUAUGGAAUCAAGGAUCGGUCUAUGUUGCGCAGAGUAGUGGUGUGGUGAGGAGGGUUGUGCUGGCGACGGGCGAGACAGCAGCCAUCUACAAGGGGCCUACAGCUCCGUUGACGAGCCUUUGUCUCAGCCCCGACGGUAAGCUGCUUUUUGCCGGCUGCUGGGAUAAGGUCAUCUGGAGCUGGGAUGUGGCCUCCCGGCAACCUCGUCAGAAGUACGAGGGACACAGUGACUUCGUUAAGUCUGUGAUCAGUGCCAGAAUUCAAGGCCAGGACUUGCUGAUCUCCGGAGGUGCUGAUGCCCACGUGCUCGUCUUCAAUAUUGCCAGCGGCGAGCGCACAGAGACAUUCAAAGGCCACCUCCGUGGCGUCUUGGACCUCUCCAUUGACCCUGAGGUGGAGGAGUCUCGGGUUACCGUGUUCAGCGCAGGAAGUGACAGAGAAAUCCGGCAGUUCAUACUGGUUGGUGGAGGUGACGAGCCAGAGCCCCUUCUUCCCCAUGAAACCAGUGUGAACAAGCUAUACUUUGACUCAGAUGGUGAUAUGUGGACUGCCUCAUCUGACAAGACGGCAAAAUGUCUGGUGCGAGCUGAUGGUUGGAAGGCCAAUCUCACCCUGGAGCACCCUGACUUUGUGCGAGACAUUGUUGUCUAUCAGGCUGGGGGCUGGGUGGUGACCGCCUGCCGCGACGAGGAGGUUCGGGUAUGGAAUCGAGCUACUGGUCAACUACAUCACACAUUUUCGGGACAUUUUGAGGAAGUCACUGGCCUGGCACUGGUUGGGUCAACCAUUGUCAGCGUGAGCAUUGAUGGUACGAUUCGCCAGUGGUCUCUUCGACCUGACGAGCUGCAGCAGGCCAUCGACUUGGCCCAGAAUGGUCCCAAGGAAGAGGAGCAGCCAAAUGCUGAGCCCAUGCUCACGGAAGAGGAGGAGCGGGAGUUGGCUGGGCUGAUGGGUGAUGAUUAG